UGAAUGACAUUGUCUCCUACUGGCCCUGGACCGUUCGGAGUACCACAACUGCCCUCUUGGACCAAGUCCGGAAAUGAAACAUUCAAGUUCCCUUGAAAGAUCCGCGAGACGUCAUUCAAGAUGAGUGGGCGCGCCUUAACGCUGUACUAUGAAGAACCGCCGCUCCCGUUCAAGCCCGCAACUCGGGCACUCUUUGAAUUCACUAGUCCGACCCGAUUUCCUCUAUCGCUUUUUGACGAAGAGCUCGCCAAGCACGUCAAGAAAUGUCGCGAUGACGUGUACGCGCGCGUCUCCUACCCUUGCCUGGGACUGUAUCGCUUCCUCGAGCCGGGCUCUCGCGAAAAUCCCGUAUACACACAAGCGAUCGAGUGCAUCAAGCAGCAGCCGGACACACGUCGGAUCCUCGACAUGGGCUGCGGAUACGCUCAGGACAUCCGUGCUUGGAUCCAGGACGGCGUGCCGUCUACGAGCAUCGUCGGGGCCGAUCUGUUGCUGGACUUUGUCGAAGACUCGUUCGAGCUGUUCGCCGAUGAGAAGGGCAAAGACCACAUGUACGGCGUCAAAUUCGAGCAUUGCGACAUUUUCGACGAGGACCAUGUGAACAAAGUCAAAGAGCUGAGCCACGGGGGGCAAGGCUUCGAUGUCAUCUACAUCGGCUCCUUCCUGCAUCUCUUCGAAUGGAGUGAGUUUGCCCGCGAGUCAGAAAGUAUAAUGCGUUGGAAGAUUCAAGCUGCUGACGUCCAAGGCCGGGUUUUUCGGGCUUAUACCCGAGCAGAUGCGCAAGCACAGGUCGCCAGAGCGCUCUCCAACCUCCUGUCGAAUGCGCCGGGUAGCCUAAUCUUCGGACGACAGUCUGGCAUGCCGCCCGGCCAGGCGGGCCAUUAUGAGCGCCAUCACCGUACCGGUGCCAUGGGCGGAAAUUCCCAAGCACCGUGGCGGCAUGAUCCCGACUCGUUUAUUCGGCUCUGGCAAGACGAGGCUCGAGGCCGGCAGCAGCUGCAAGGAUCGGGCGGAUGGGAAGUUAAACCCGUUCUACCCAACCCGGCCUUCAAUUGGGCCGGCUUCAAAGACAAGGAUGUUCAAGAGCUCUCAAGAAAAGACCUUGUGCAGGCCUUUGGCACGGGUCUCGAGUUCCAAAUCAUAAGAAAGUAAGGAUGCACGGAUAUCUGGGCGCUUGUGUCACUUGGGAAGGUUGUACCGUCAAUUCAACGGUGGAAGCACAUGUGUGAUCAUGUCUUUACGCUUGCCUGGCGGAGUAAUGCCACGUCCCGCGUGCGAAGCGCAAGAUGGUGAAUCAGUCGG